AUGAAAAAAUGGAUCCCAGAUUCCCUGAAUAGAAACCAAUAUCCACAAACCGCAAAAGAAAUAUUCGGUUCGGAUCAAGCCCCGUUUGAACGAAAACAAGUUAAUUACCGAUGGCGCUAUUCCAUGUUUCUGUCGACCGCAGCUUUCCAAUCUAACCCUACCGGAUACUUGACACCAUAUGCCCCCCCCCUCUUGGACCUCCACUCCGCAUCUCCACACCCGCCCUCCCCUUCCACCGCUCCCCUUCUCCACUCCCUCCUAGUUAGCUAAACCUGACGGUAGGGGAUACCGGUACUCGUACUAGUACAGUACGAAUACCUUCUUUCUUUUUUUCUCCCCUUUACCAAACCAUAAGCUCAGACUCACUCAUACCGUUCAGCUCACGGACAACUAUCGUUUUUGACAUGACAUGCCCGAGCGUAGGGGGCGCGCAUGUUUAUGAAAAAAGGCAUAUUCCGAAAUCUAACAUCAUAUCCGAUGUUUUACGAUUCCUUGCAUCCGUGAAUAAAAUAAAAAGAGACCUUUGCAGAAGGGAGUGCCGUAAGCGUACCGCACCGUACCUAUGACAGAGAUAGAGGAUGUCGAGGAUGCGAGGUCACCCAAAAAAAUUUUGGGUUGUGAUGCGAAGAUCAUUAUAUAUAAAGAGCAUAGCGUCAGGGUCCUUCUAUUUCCCGUUAGGAUCGAGGCUGUUGGAAGAAGGCUCUGAUUUGUGGUGUAUCUGUCCGUUUUGGAAAUUAAUGAGAGAUAAAGCUACGGAACAAGGACCCUUUACAGAAUUAUGAUACCGGUAUUCUAGCCCAUUAUCUCUUUUUUUUUCCUUUUUUUUUUUUUUGUGUGUGUGUGUUUUUUUUUCUUUUUCUUUUUUCUUUCUGAGAAGAGACAGGAUUUAGGAGGUUGUCACGGUUGUCUUCCUUAUUUUUGAAUCCACUUUUUUAUUUACUUUUU